AUGAAGGGACUCCAAACCGGUAUUCCCCUCGCAGUGCUGGCCGCUGUCGCCCAGGCCCAGAUGUUCAAGGUUGGCGGCAACCACGGCGACGACAACGGCAAUGGCGCCAGCCUGAGCUUUGACCAGACUCACAACACUGGAAUCAACAACGCCGCGUCGAACAAGCAGGAGGCCUCCUACAACGCCCUGGCCAAGGGUAAAUUCGGCGGCCACUUCCGCCGUGACCACCCUGACGACGAUACUGUUGGUGGAAACUACGGCAAUGAUGUUGGCAAUACCAUUGGCAACUCCCACAAGGAGGGGGCCAACGGCAAGGUUGGUAACCACGGCGACAACCACCAGGACGACUCCGUCAACAAGCUGUCUGAUUUCGACGACUUUCUGCGCAAGCGGCAAGUCGGCGGCAACAAGGGUGACGAUCAGGGCAACACCGCGAGCCUUGGUGGAGACCAGUCGGUCAACACUGAUAUCAAGAACAGCUGGACGAACGAGGAGAACGUGAAAGUCAACGUCGUGCACAAGGUGGAUGACAAGCACGACGAGCAUGACAAGCAUGACAAGCAUGAUGAGCAUGACAAGCAUGACAAGCAUGAUGAGCAUGAUGAGCAUGACAAGCAUGAUGAGCACGACAAGGAUGAUGAGCCUGAGGACUGUGACGAUCCUGAGGAGCAUGAGAUGGGACUGUUCAAACCCAUCCGCAAGCGCUUCGGACCUGGCUUUAUGAGUGUCGGCGGCAACUAUGGCAAUGACGAUGGCAAUGGCCUUGACUUGUCCAUGGACCAGAGCCAGAACACGGACAUCAACAACGACUACUCGAACAAGCAGAAGGCCAGUGCCAAUGCCCUCGCCGAAGCGGACGUGAAGCCGUUCUUCAAGCGUGGUCACGUCGGUGGAAACCAUGGCAACGACGCUGGUAACGGCGCCGACUUCAACAACGAUCAGACCGUGAACACCAAUGUGAACAACGAAUGGAAGAACGAUCAGAAGCUGUCCGAGAAUAAGGCUAAGAUCAAGGACUUCUUUCCCAAGAAGCGUUCCGCUCCAGGAUUCUUCCGUGCUGGCGGCAACCAUGGCAAUGACCGCGGCAACGACGCCGACUUCUCGUUUGACCAGACCCAGAACACUGCGAUCAACAACGCGCACAAGAACAAGCAAGACCUCUCUGCGAAUGCGCUCGCGGAUUUCGAGGGCGGCGUCCCCUUCCUGCCCAAGCGUCACGUCCACCCGGAUCCCUUCCACGGCAUCAUCCCCGAAGGACCCGCGUUCAUCGCGGGUGGAAACUAUGGCAACGAUGGUGGAAACUCACUUGGUUACAGCGGUGACCAGACCGACAACCACGAGAUCAACAACGGCUGGGCCAACGACCAGGAGACGUCUGUCAACGCUGCUGCCGACGCUGACUUCGGCCACUUCAAGCGUGCCUACCGCCCUACCACCCCUGAGGAGCCGACCGAAGACACUGUCAGCCACGCCGCCAACUCCCCGGAGGGCGCCUGUGAGACUGAGACCCGCGAGGUCGUCCAGACCGUGACCGAGACCGUCUACGCCCAGCCCACCAGCAGCGCGGUUGCCAGCAAGCCUUGGGAUCCCAUCCAGAUGGCUCCCAUGGCGACUCCCACUCCCACCAGCGCCCACAUCCCCUUGAGCACCGUCGUCCAGGCUUCUACCUACCACAUGAUCCCCGUGUUCGUGCCCGAGGCGUCCUCUCCUGUGUCCAGCGCUGCGGUUGCCUCCAGCUCGCACGUCGCAGCCUCCAGCUCCGCCAGCGUCCCCACCUCCGUUGACGCUUACCGUCCCGGUGCCUCCAGCCAAGCUACCCCCAGCCCCUCCUCCCACGCCGGCGUUGUCUUCGACGGCGCCGCUGGCCAUGUGACCCCUCACACCGGCCUGGUCUCCCUCUUCUGUGGUGUUGUGGCUCUCCUCGCCUUUGUGUAUUAG